AUGCACCCAUCCGAUUGUCUCCUGGCCCUUUCCGCUAUCCUUCUACUCACUACCGUAUCCCACGUGGCAGCUGUCCGCUGUAAAUGCACAAAAGAGUCCGAAACUGUGACAUGUACCGAUGGAGUAUGCGAUACUGAAAACGGAUCCUGUCUUAUGUUGGAUCAUCCUACCAUGGGUAUUCAUUACACGUGUCAUACAAGAGGAUUGAAAGAUGGAUCUUGCCAUAACCGAACAUCUAAAAGUGGAGUAUCUGUGAAAAUCUGUGGUUGCAAUGCUCCAGACUUUUGCAAUUUCUCAAUGUGGCCCGACAAAUCUGGCCACCACCACCACAAGCAUCACCACAAACAUCACGAUCAGGCGCAGGAAGAAUCAAUCAACUCAGUUACCCCAAUCUCCUCCAUUUUCUCCCUUUUCGUCUCUUCCAUUCUCUAUUUUGUUCUUUAA